AUGCAUAACUCUGUAGUACAAGCACCGAGAACACCGAGAAUCUUCGCCUUUGGCAAAACUCAUAAACCUGACUGCCUUAUACGUCCUGUUAUAGAGAAGUGUGGAUCCCCUACUUUUGCAAUUAAGAAACAACUGGUUAAAUUUAUCCGACCAAGGAUUCAAGAUUACCCUUAUGCUAUUAACAACUCUGUUCAACUGGUGGACAAGCUCCGAAACAUUAGCCUUGAAGAUAAUGAAGUUAUGACCGUGAUGGAUUUUAAAUCUUUAUUUCCAUCUAUAAAAUUGCCGCCUUGUUUUUGCGAGCUGAGAGACUUCCUUCUUACUAACAUUAAUAAUGCAACGAAGUACCACCAACAUAUUUUAGAGCUUGCACACCUAAUUUCUUAUACUUCGUUUUUUGCAUUUGAAGGGAACACAUAUUUACAAGAAAGAGGGGUUCCAAUGGGGAGUCCGAUAUCUCCGUUAUUAUGUGAACUAGUAUUACGGCGAUUAGAAAGUAAUGUACUGCCCGUCUUUAUAAAUGACAUACUUGUAUAUGCAAGAUACGUUGAUGAUGUUUUCAUCAUUUGGAGGAAUAAUAAUAGCGCUCAAUAUUUCCUUAACAAAAUGAAUAACAACCCGUAUGGUGUAACUUUAACAUUGGAACAGAAAAGUGACAUAACGUAA